CAGGGUUCAAUCUCGGAGUCGUUCAAUCUUCGCCCGCGUAAGCGCGAGAAAUGUCGCGUCGACUCGCAAAGUGCGUUAAAUCGUAUUCGCGUCUCGUUGGCAUUUACUGUGGAUAAUAUACGUGUUCUACCAUCUGAUUGAUUUAUCACGCCUGUCUUAUUGCGUGGAAGGUCGUUUUCCAACAACAUAAUUUUCACACGCAACGACAGUGCACUGUGGGCCAGCAAUGGUGGGCGCGUGAUUUUGAACAAUUCGAGUUAUCGAAGGAACGCGCAAGUAUGUGCUCUUAACGACAACUAUGUGAUACUAUUUUCAACCUCCCUGAGUUUCAUUAAGCUUCUGAACGUUGACUAAAAUCGGGCCCUCUCGAUCGCAAACUGCAAUUUUGCCGUUCGACCUACGUAUCUUUCUCCGAUUCGAACGUUUUGAGGUUAUGUAUCGUAUUAUUCCAGCUUCGCGCCAUCCUGCUCAGUGAUUUCCGUAAUGGUUCGCGUAUCGACAGGUGUCGAGUCGCAACUUUGAUUAUUAAGAGUCGCAUAAUUCAUUGUUUAAAAUCAAAUUUUCGCAAGUACGCUUGAAAAUCAGUUUCGCAAAAAUGGCGCGUUUCGCUAAUAAAUGGCGCUGUUGUCCCAUAGCUUCGCGCUUCGAACUUGGUUUUUUUUUCUUACGUAUUCGAAUUUGUUCUGCAUAUUCGAAUCCACUCUCUCCAGACUUCAUUUGACUUAAUAAGUUAGUUGACAAUUGGCUCGCGACUUUUCGAAAUGCAAGUAGCUGAAUGGACACCUUUAUUUUGAUUUUAAUAACUAUUAUUUAUUUCUAUGCUGAUUAAUGGGAUUAUGGUAAUUAAGAUACAAUUAAUCUAAAUUAUUAGUAGAUUGUAAGUUUUAUGAUACUUAGAUCGCUAUUAAUGUUAUACACAUUCUGCAUAUUUCAGUAGAUAAAUAAACAGAAAUUUUUAAAACUAAAUAUUUAAACAGAUUAAUGUCCGAAUUUUUUAUUAAAUUAGUCUACAUGUUUAACAUAUAUGAUUACUCUUACAAUUAUACUGUUAACAUAUUUGUAUUAUUGUUAUAUAAUAUUUUUUCAUUUUUAUUGUUUUAAGUCUAUCGUUUUUAUGUAACUUAUUUUAUUUAUUAUAUAGGACAGAUAUAUUGAGAGCACACAUACACUUCUUAUUUUUCUAAUUAAAAAAUAACGAGAGUAUUUGUUUUUAAAUUUUAUUAAAGGAAAGAAAGUAUGUGAUUAACGUUGAAAAAAUUAUAUUUUAUAUAUUAUUAUUUGAAAAUAUGUGUUGAUAAAAAUAUAUAUUCCACUAGAAUUCUUAUAUUUAAAUAAGGAUAUAGAAUUAUGUAAAAAAGCGUUAUGUAAACAUAUUGCACUAAUAGUUUUUAAAUCUGGGUUUUUAACUGUGCUAAUGUUUCGGUCAGGUGUCACCAUGUCUACUAAUAAGGGACAAAACGCACGAGCUUUAGUAGAACCUUUAGCUUUGGAUUCGCGUACAUUGGAAGACAGCGAUCUUAGUGCAUUGAGCUUGUCCCACACCAGCGAGCAAUAUACUUCGAAUGAUUUUGAAGCUUUCGCGAAUAUUCAAGCAGAGCUUGACUGUAUGAACGCGGAGGAAGUUAUGGCAGCGGAGGAUGACCGGAUACUUGUCAAGCAAAAUAUUGAGACUGAAACAAUAGUACCUGAUGUGGAGAUGACUGAGGUCUCUGAACAAGCACAGAUUGAAAAUGUGUACACAAUGGCUAAUCAAAACAACCAAAAUAUCGUGUUUCAAACGAAACCCACUUUACAGAGAGUGCCUGUAUCGGCUGUCCAAGUGAAGCCAAGUGUCUGUCAAACCACGCAGAGCCAGUCUAUCAUGAUAGUAUCGCCUGCGAGUGGACAAGGCACCAGUCAGAUCCUUAAGAUUUCGCAUCCGUCGACGGCGUCAGCCGAACAAUUGCAGUCUUUGGCUCAGACCCUUAUAACUGGAAAAUCUACGGAUGGAAGCGUUGUUCAAUUACGGUCGAGUCAGCCUGCCAAGUCUGUUGCGACAACUAGUGCCUCUGGAAAUAUUACAAUCAGUAACGUGCAAAAUGUCAAGAUAGCGCAGCCAUCGAUAAAACGAGCGACACAGAAUGUCCAACAAGGGCGUAAUGUACAGUAUACAAAGAUGAUAUUGGCGGGAAGUCAGGCACAGUCCGGUGCGCCGCAAGUUCUCAUUACAAGUUCGCAGAGUGAAAAUCAGUCGACCCAAGGAAUCAAAUUUCUCAAUAAUAGUUCUUCGACUUACGGUGUUACAAACCCAACGAAAACUAUAACGUUGGCACAGGCCCAACAAAUAGGCAUACUCUCUACUAAUAAGGUGCAACACAUCUUGCCGUCGUCCCCGCAGAAGCAGGGCAUGAUAUUAAAUAAGUUAUUACAAUCUUCAACAUCUCAACAGUCGAAGGUGGCUAUAGUACCUACCAGCGCAGCAAAAUCACCAACAAAAAUUCUUCCUGCACCGACUAUGACUAUUCAAGGAAAAUCCUCGACAACGAAUCAGCAAUCUACGUUCGUUUCGUCCAAGUCGUCCAUGCAGCAAAGUCCCCAAAAAGUGAUCAUUAGACAGAGUUCUUUGAAACCUGGCACUGUGCUUGGAAGUGGACAAGUCAUUAGAAUACCUGCUAAUCAGAGUAUCGUGACCGGAUCUAAUCAAGUUCAUCAAAUUCAAAUGCCUGGAAGACAAGUGCAAUAUGUACGUUUAAUUAGUACUCCUUCGACAGGGACUACUAAUGUCGUUACUGUCAGCAAAUCAAAAUCUGCCACGACACUUCAGACCGUAGGAAUUAGUCAAAAAGUAGGAAAUCAGCAACAGAUUGUAAAGGUUGUACCACUAAAUACUAGUAGUCAGUCUCUAAGGACCGUUGCGCCGAAAGCAACGUUGACAAGCGGUAGCCAAAGAUUGCUCAUACCAGCGGCUACUGCUGCAACGGCUGUUGGCAAUCAAUCGAAGAGCACGGUAGCAAUUCCCGCAUCAGCGUUGAGCCAAUUAGCAUCUGGACAGGCAGUUCUGUCGACUAAUUCGAAUGUUGGGAAUAUUGUCGUUCUGCCUGCACAAUACAUUCAGCAACAGCAGUCAACAGAUGACAUAAAAUUGAAGUCGCAGCAAGGGACACCAGGUCUUUUAGGGAGUUCACAAAGUUCUACGGCAACUUUAUGCGUGAUCGAUGGAAAAGGUUCUCAAAGAGGAACUUACAGCAAUGUCGAGGCAAAUGGCAUCAGGCCGAGAAAACCAUGCAAUUGCACCAAAUCACAGUGUCUUAAGCUUUACUGCGACUGUUUCGCCAACGGUGAAUUCUGUCACAUGUGUAAUUGCAACAAUUGCUCAAAUAAUCUUGGGAAUGAGGAAGAGAGGCAACGCGCGAUUAAAUCUUGUUUGGAACGUAAUCCUAAUGCUUUUCGUCCUAAAAUCGGGAAAGGCCGUGAGACCGGUGACGAUAUAAGGAGACACAACAAGGGUUGCAAUUGCAAACGUAGUGGUUGUCUGAAGAAUUAUUGCGAGUGCUACGAGGCAAAAAUUCCAUGCUCUGAAAAUUGUAAAUGUAUAGGCUGCCGCAAUAUCGAAGAUCCGAUAUUGGAAAAGAAGUCUUUGAAAGAUCUAGCGGAAGCAGCCGAAAUGAGAACACCUCAACUGAGCUUAAACAAAGCACAGCUGCAACUAUCAGAAAUGGCCUUUAGGCCUCCAGCCACGUCCAAUACUGGAACUAGACAACCAUUUAAUUUCCUUACGGACAAAGUAGUAGAAAUAACAUGCCAAUGCUUAAUGGCACAAGCUGAUGAAGCAGAACGCAACAUGGUCGACGAUGAAACAUCCCAGCGUCUCAUCAUUGAGGAGUUCGGUCGUUGUUUAAAGGAAAUCAUUGAAUCAGCUCACAAAGCUGAGGCUACCUAGCAGGUACAUUCGUCCGUUUUUCAUUGCAAUCUUCGCUUGUCAUUAUUGUUUACGGGAAUAUGGUAAAAGAAAAGAAAGAUAGAUUAAUAAUAUGAGUGUUGCUACCAAAGACGUUAUCACGCAGGACGCAAACGAUUUUCGCCAAGUGAAACUUUGGAAUUCUUCAAACUCGUCAAAUUAUUCUUUAAGCGCCUUUUAAGGGGAAAUUCAUCAAAAUUCUGGAUGGAUUAAUCUUCUAAUGAUAAGAUGUUAUAGGAACAACGUAAAUUUUAGAUGGGUGAACCAGCCUCUUUCAUUGUGACGUCAAGAUUGGGAAGGAAAUAAUAUUGUAAUAACAACAUGUGUAUUGUAACGUGAUGAGUGAUUUUGGUUUCUAAGAAUGGGUGUACUUUAAGUGUUUCUCCAUAAUUUUGAAUGAAAAAAAAUAAAAAAAAAAAGAAUAGAGCACUCAA